CAAGCGGCGAGAGAACGCGCAUCUGAAGUUAGCUGUCAUCUCUUUUCUCGGUGGUAAAAAUCAGUGAAACUAGAAUUUGCGUGUUUUCAGUAAAAACAUGGCGACUCCAUCAAACGGAAGUGGUAAUUUAGUCGAAGAAUUUGAAGAAUCUUUUCAGGCAUGUCUGAACGUGUUGACGAAGCAGGAGGCGGCUCCGAGCGUGGAGAAGGAAGAAGUCAAAGUGGAAGUAGAGAGGUUCAUUGACCUUGCCAGACAAAUGGAGGCGUUCUUCCUGCAAAAGAGGUUCCUCCUGUCGGCUAUGAAGCCUGAGCUCCUGGUGAAGGAAGACAACAAUGAGUUGAAGUGUGAACUCCAGAGAAAGGAGGAGCUCCUCCGCCGCCACUACGACAAGAUAGGCCAGUGGCAGAACUUGUUAGCUGACCUGCAGGGGCACACAGUGUACAAUAAAUGUCAGCAACAGAACACACAACCGAGCAUUCAGCAGGCAGCCUCACCCUCGCCAAGGCAACAAUCACCACAAGUGCCGCAAAAUUUACAGGCGCAGCAGAUGGCGGCGGCGGCGGCGGCGCAGCAGGCGGCCCUCCAGCAGCAGGCGGCGCUCCAGCAGCAGCAGGUACCGCGCCCCCCGCACCCGCCCGCCUACCCCGCCGCCCCGCCCGGGCCCCGCCGGUAGCCGAACUAAUGUCGCACACCCCCACCUCACUAGGC